AUGCCGUCGCACUUCAUCGUUCGACGUGCUGACGCUGAUCGGCACCAAGGUGAAGGCGGCGGCUGGUGCCCCAGUGAGGCGCCGCCAGGUGGCCAUGCCUUUGAAGCAGGCGCCAGGCAGCGGCGCAUCGGCAGGGAAACGAGAAGACCACGACAGGCUCAUAGCGAGAAGCAGCGGUCCAACAUCCAGAAGGGGUACCAGAGGCUUGAAUACCUCCUGGACAACUGGGAGGAGGAGACCACGGUCUGCAGGCCGCAGUGCAAGCGAAACCCAGACGCGGUGCGCUCCUACCUGGGCUUGCGGAGCACCGACGAUCCGCUGUUCAAGCUCGAGGCGAUUCUGACCAAGGACGCCCUCGAUGACGUCGUCGGUGACCUCGACGAGUACCAGGAUGCGGUUAGCGCGUGGAAUACCGCGAUCAGCUUGGGCAACAGCGAUGCCUUCAUCUCCUCGUUUGGGGAGUUCAAUCCAGGCGGCGGCAGGGAGCAAGUCGAACUGUACAUCGAGAAGUCCAAGGAGAACGUUGUCCGGGCCAGGGAUUCUCUCAAGAUCCUUUCCAAGGCCCUCGACAUCAAGGUCUAG